GCCAUGGAGCAGCACCUGCGGCGCCUGCGGCAGGAGCUGCUCUCCAUGAAGGAGGUGGGCGACGGGCUGCACGAGCAGAUGAACUGCAUGAUGGGCGCCCUGCAGGAGCUGAAGCUGCUGCAGGUGCAGACGGCGCUGGAGCACUUGGACAUCUCGGGGCGCCGCAGCCCCGCGGAGCAGCGCCGCUGCAGCCGGGGCAGCGCGGGGCCCGGGCAGGACCGGGGCUGCUGCCCCCCGUGCCCGGUGUGUCCCGUGCCACGGCCGGCCAGCGUGUGCCAGCCCGCUGCCAGCCCGGGGAGCAGCCACCCUCCGGACACCCCCUGCUCCCCGGGGCCACCUUGUCCCGUGUCCGGCACCCGGCCGCUGUGCCACGAGUGCCCGGGCUGCGACGACGGCCACGACUGGACGUCGUCCCUGAUGUCCCAGAGCAGGACCCGGCAGCCGCUGGUGCUGGGGGACAACAUCUUUGCGGACUUGGUGGGGAACUGGCUGGACCUGCCCGAGCUGGAGAAGAAGGGGGAGAAGAGCGAGGCGUCCCUGUCGGCCAGCAGGUCCCAGGAGCUCUGCAGGAAGUUCUCCCUCACCGCCAACAUCUUCAAGAAGUUCCUGAGGAGCGUCCGGCCGGACCGCGACCGCCUGCUCAAGGAGAAGCCGUGCUGGCUCCCUCCCGAGGACCAGCAGCCCGAGAUUUCCAAGAGGUCCAAAAAGAUCAACAAACUCAAGGGGACGUUUUACUUGCCCCUCCACGGGAACCUGCAGGGCCAUCCCAGCAAAGCGGAGAGGUGCCCGCGGGCAGAGAGCCGCGCUGAGCGCCCCAGAACGGGCACCAGGAACGUCCCGGAUGGCAGAGGCUGCGGCCAGGCGGGGUUUGACAUCAACACGGCCGUGUGGGUGUGA